UCGGGAAAAGCAUUCAGUUGCUUGUGUGUGCGCUGACAGGAAGAUGGGUGGGUUCCGCACAUGGAAAAUAUGAGUCCCACCCACAGCAGUUAAACACGGGCAGGACAAGACAGAGCGCUGCCCGAUACACACGGCACAAGAAGAGGCCGCUGACGAAAGACUGAAACCAUGAGCUACCCUGGAUACCCCCCACAGGCUGGCGGUUAUCCUCCACAGCCAGGAGCGUAUCCUCCACAGCCAGGGGCCUACCCACCCCAGCCUGGAAUGUAUCCUCCCCAAGCAGGGAGUUACCCGUCACAGGCAGGCGGCUACCCUCCUCAGCCCGGUGGCUAUCCUGCUCAGGCUGGUGGCUAUCCUCCUCAGGCUGGUGGCUAUCCUCCUAUGCCACCAACAGGCAGCUGGGGUGGUGGGCCGUCUGGUGGGUACCCCUCCAUUGGUCUUGACAAUUUGCCCAACCCUGGAUUCAAUGCUGCUAAUCUCCCUGCCAUGGCCAACCAGAUCUCUGCAGCCAUGGGAGGGUUUACUCCAAACCCGUCCAUGUUUACCCAAGCUUCUGGGGGGUACCCACAGGCCCCCCAGUCAGGGGGCGUUGGUGCUCCCAUACCUAACCAACAGCCAUAUGGCCUGUACCCGCAGCCAGGAGGAACCAUGCCCCAGCCUCAAGGCCCUGGAAUGGGUUUCCCUAGCCAGCCGGGCCAGCCCAUGCCUGGAUACCCUCGUGCACCAUCGCCCAACCCGUCCAUGCCUGGCUUUGGAGGAGCACCAGCACCUAUGCCAGGGUACCCAAAGGUCCCAUCACCCAAUCCGUCCAUGCCAGCUUAUGGUGGAGGAGCCAUGUCUGUAGCUCCUGCAAUCAAUAGAGGAUUCAGGGGAACCAUUAAGGACUUUCCAGGGGCUGACCCACUGAGGGAUGUGGAGGUCUUGAGAAAGGCCAUGAAGGGUUUCGGAACUGAUGAGCAGGCCAUUAUUGAGCUACUAGGGAGUCGCUCCAACAAGCAGCGAGUGCCACUGCUUAGAACCUUCAAAACAGCCUAUGGGAAGGAUUUGAUCAAGGACCUGCAUUCUGAACUGUCUGGUGACUUUAGGAAGUUGGUAAUGGCCAUGUUGAAGACCCCAGCUGAGUUGGAUGCCUAUGAGCUCAAUAGUGCCAUAAAGGGAGCUGGAACUGAUGAAGCAUGCCUGAUAGAGAUCCUGUCCUCUCGCUCCAAUGCUGAAAUCAAAGAGAUUAACCAUCUUUACAAAACAGAGUACAAGAAGUCACUGGAGGAUGCCAUCAGUGGGGAUACCUCAGGUCACUUCCGUAGGCUCCUGAUCUCACUUGCUCAGGGUAACCGCGAUGAACGAGAAAAUGUGGACAUUGGUUUAGCUAAACAAGAUGCUCAGGCCCUUUACGCUGCUGGAGAGAAUAAGUUGGGGACUGAUGAGUCCAAAUUCAAUGCUAUUCUGUGUGCCAGGAGCAAACCCCAUCUCAGAGCAGUAUUUCAGGAGUAUCAGCAGAUGUGUGGCAGGGAUAUUGAAAAGAGUAUCGACAGAGAAAUGUCUGGGGAUCUUGAGAGUGGCAUGUUGGCAGUGGUGAAGUGUAUUAAGAACACACCUGCCUACUUUGCUGAGAGGCUCUACAAGGCCAUGAGGGGAGCUGGGACCAAGGACAGAACCCUGAUAAGAAUCAUGGUCUCGCGCUCUGAGGUUGACAUGCUGGAUAUCCGCCAGGCAUAUGUUAAAAACUAUGGCAAGUCUCUGUACACGCACAUCUCUGGAGACACAUCUGGAGACUAUAAGAAAUUGCUAUUGAAGCUCUGUGGAGGGAGUGAUUAAAAGGGGACCAGAGACCAUCCACUAAAUCAUCAGGAUGUCAUGAAUAUCCCUGUUUACCUGCUAACCUAUACUCUGCACUAUAAUCUGCAAUGCUGCAUGCCAUGCCACUGUUUUCAGUGCAAUGUUUAUCUAUCAAUAAGAAUCUCAUAUAUCAUUGCUGUUUCUUUUCUACAAUAUGCUUAAAAAUGUUUACGAUUUUUUUAAGUCAUGUGACAGUACAAUCAAACACAUGUGCCCAAAUAAGACUAAACUUGUAAAAGAUUAGGUUUUUAAAUGUGAGAAAUUGUAUAUUUUUAGGGAGUAUAUUUUUUUUUCAAAUGUGCCAGCCUUAGCUACUAUCUCAUGAAAUUGUUUUCAGUCAACUGUACAGCAAAAAAAUGUCAGAUGAUGUAGCAGCUAAAUGCCAAAGUUACCUGUUAAUGUUUGCAUUAAUUUAACCUCUUCUAUAUUUUUGCACACUCUAUUUUUGCCUCAUAAUGGUUUUAUUAUAUUCACGCAAUGCAUUAUUUCUUAUCAGUGUCAUAAAAAAUGACAGCAUUACAUAAUUUUCUCAUGCUUUGAUCAAGAAUCACUCUUGGAAAAUAAAUAUUGAAAAUCCA